UAAGAAGAUUAAUAAAGGGUAUAAAGAAGCAAAGAUGGGAAGAGGAAAUUCUAUGCUACCAUUUUUGCUGUUGUCACCAACAGACUAGGAGCAGAGGGAAUGCUCUCUCUUAAAAAGUUGAACGGCUGUUAUUGUUACAUGGGGAGUGAGCAAUAGCUUUAGUAAGAAUAAGAAUUUCAAGAACAGUCUUGGUGGAAGUAAGCAGAAUCAUUUGGUUGCAAAGUAAUGGCUACUGAUGAAGGAACUGAAAACAACGGACCGGUGUGGGUUUUGGAUCAGCAGUUUGAUCAACCCAUGGAUGAAGAAGCUAGGAAGCUUAGAAAUCCAUAUAAUGGAAAGAAAGUUUCAGCAUUUAUGGUUCUGCAGCUUGCAUUUCAAAGCCUUGGGGUGGUCUAUGGAGAUUUAGGCACAUCCCCUCUCUAUGUGUUCUACAACACUUUUCCUAAUGGAAUUGGUGACCCGGAGGAUUUAGUUGGAGCUUUAUCUGUGAUCAUAUAUUCUCUCACUCUAAUUCCCCUCCUUAAGUAUGUUUUCAUUGUCUGUCGAGCAAAUGACAAUGGCCAAGGUGGAACAUUUGCUCUUUAUUCACUACUCUGUCGAUAUGCAAACAUAAAGGCUACUCCGAACCAAGACCAUACAGAUGAGACUAUAACAACAUAUAGUCAUUCAACAUUUGGGGGGAAAUCGUUUGCUGCACGAACCAAGAGAUGGUUGGAGGGACAACCAAUGAUGAAGAACACACUUCUAAUUCUUGUUCUGGGUGGCUCUAGCAUGGUGAUUGGGGAUGGGAUUCUGACUCCAGCCAUUUCAGUUCUGUCAGCAGUUGGUGGGAUCAAUGUGCGUCGCUAUGAGAUUAGCAAUGAUGUAGUUGUGCUUGUUGCUGUGGCCAUGCUAGUACUACUGUUUACAAUGCAAUACCAUGGUACAGACAAAAUUAGUUGGCUGUUCGCACCAAUUGUGCUCCUCUGGUUUCUUUUUAUUGGAGGGAUUGGCUUGUUCAACAUUUGGAGAUAUGAUAGAACUGUUCUAAAAGCAUUUUCUCCUGUGUAUGUAUAUCGAUUUUUUAAGCGGGGAGGAAAAGAUGGUUGGACAUCUCUAGGAGGUAUUAUGCUAAGCAUAACAGGAACAGAAGCACUUUUUGCUGAUCUGUCCCAUUACCCUGUCCUGUCGAUACAGAUAGCUUUCACAUCUGUCGUAUUUCCUUGCCUUCUUUUAGCCUACUCAGGUCAAGCUGCUUACCUCAUGAAGCAUCCUGAUCAAGUGUCCAAUGCUUUUUACCAUUCUAUUCCAGACAGCAUAUAUUGGCCAGUGUUUGUUGUUGCUACUGGAGCAGCUGUCGUUGCAAGUCAGUCCACCAUAACUGCAACCUUUUCACUAAUCAAGCAGGCACUUGCACUUGGUUGUUUCCCGAGAGUCAAAAUUGUACAUACAUCAAAGAAGUAUCGUCACCACAUCUAUAUUCCAGAAGUCAAUUGGCUCGUUAUGAUUCUUUGCAUUGGUGUAACUGCUGGCUUUAAAAAUCAAAACCAAAUUGGUAACGCCUCCGGGACGGCAGUUUGUAUGGUCAUGUUGGUAACCACAUUGCUUAUGAUUUUGGUCAUGAUUUUGGUCUGGCGCUGCCAUUUGAUUCUCGUCCUCCUCUUCACUGGUCUAUCACUAGUAAUAGAGGGCACUUACUUCUCUGCUGUACUACUCAAGGUCAAUCAAGGUGGCUGGGUUCCCCUUGUGAUCUCAGCAGCCUUCUUUGUUGUGAUGUAUACUUGGCAUUAUGGUACAGUAAAACUUCACGAGAUUGAAGUCCACAGUAAGGUUUCAAUGGCAUGGAUUCUCGGACUUGGCGCCAGUUUAGGAUUGGUUCGCAUACCUGGGAUAGGCCUUGUAUACACUGAGCUAACGAGUGGAGUGCCUCGCAUCUUUUCUCACUUCAUCACCAACCUACCCGCCAUCCAUGAUGUUGUAGUCUUUGUCUGUGUCAAGUACCUUCCUGUGUACACUGUCCAAGAAGAAGAGAGGUUCCUAGUAAAGCAGAUUGGCCCCAAGAACUUCCACAUGUUUCGCUGCGUUGCGAGAUAUGGCUAUAAAGACUUGCACACAAGAGAUGACGAUUUUGAGAAUAAGCUCUUUGACAGUCUUUUCUUGUUUCUCCGGCUUGAGUCAUUGGCAGUAGCAUCUUCUGCCUCCGAUGUAUCUAGUGUACUUGGCGACCAAGCUUGGCCAUCAAGAAGUGGUAAUAGUAAUAGCAACAUACCUUACUCCACCGAAAACCCAUCACUUCAGUCGAAUGACUCAAUCGUGCCGGGUGGUUCUCCACUACAUGAAAACAAUGCUAUGACAUGCUCUGAUAUUCAGGCAAGCAGCCAGGUAGUCCAAGACGAGAUUGAUGAGACAGUAUUCUUGAGAAACUGUAGAGAUGCAGGGGUGGUGCACAUUCUUGGAAACACCGUAGUGAGAGCCAGUAGGGACUCAAACUUGUGGAAGAGAAUAACCAUUGACUACCUAUAUGCAUUUCUCAGGAAGAUAGGUAGGGGAAACAGUGUAAUGUUAAACGUUCCUCAUGAGAGCCUUUUGAAUGUUGGGCAGGUAUUCCAUGUAUGACCCGGCCAGCCUGAGUCUAUCUAAGGAGUUAGGACUAUGCAGACUAGAUCCAGGCCUAUUCAGGCCUCCAAUGUAAUAUUAUAUAAAGAAAAAUGACUACAUCUGAAUCAACGUUCCAGUCUUAAAGAAGCAAACUGAGCUAGAGAAUGCUGGGAUGGACUACCAUUUUCCUCCAUCGAGCUCCUUGUUACAUGUUUUGGUUAGUUCUUCUGUUGUUGUUUAGGGUGGCCUAUGAAGGCUUUUCUCUAGGGGGAUUUAUAACAAGAGUACCUUCUUCGACAGACGUGGUGAGAUAUUUUAGAUGUUCUUACUAUAGAUGGCUUACUGCGACAGGAGGUUGACGUUUCUGUUGCAGCUGUCGUAAUACUUGUUGAGAUUUCCAAGGGAGAUGUUUAGGAGAAGGUUGUUAGUGAGCGAAGCAUUAGUAAUUUGAAUG